UUUCCUAACAGAGCAUACGAUUGGGCCGUUAAUGUAAGGCGGUGCCGGGAUUCCGGGCGGCGUGGCAGGUACUUUAGUACUUAGGAAGUGGCAGUGCACGAUAGCCAGAAUGCCUCAGGCAAAAAGAAGCGUCAGAUGGUCGUCACAUGCGUGGCCUAUCAUCGUUUCGAUUCGCGCACUCCCAUACACAUAUGUUGAUGCAGAUAGGCUACAGGUCUGAUCUAUGCAUCCCAUUGUGUAUACCGAUCAGACUGCGAGGGACGACCAUGGAUCCACCCUCAUACGAUGAAAUCACAACACGCACAGAUGGCAAAAGAACAGUGCAUUGCUUGAUGAUCAGAGACGAACUUGGCAUAUCGAGGCGACAACAUGUGGCGGCUCUGGUUGACAAAUUGGUACCACGACUCAGAGAAAGGGCGAGCAUGGGACUUUCGAAGUCUCCGCUGCUAAUUCUGCCUUCCGAUCAAGCAAAGGCGAAUUGGUCGGAUUCGAUGAAGAGGUCGUGCUUGUUCAACUCGAGGGCCGUAUCGACAGUAACCAAUUUUGGACACAGCCUGAAGCGCUGGAAGAGUUGCAAAAGCUAUUAUAUUUUGCAAUUGCCGGCGAAGCCCCUGUUCAACCGGUUGAGCAACGACCAUCGUUGCCGAAGAAGCCUCCACGGAGUUCCUGGUUUGGGCGAAAAUCUAGUUCAACGAUCGAUCAGAUACCGGUCGCCGCUCCAGCCAAGCCUCCAGUGAGCGUAGACGUCCAACUCAAAGAAGUGCACUUUCGAACCGCGAACGAUUAUGGCCUUUAUGAGACGACAAGAGCACGAGCCAUCCUUACAACUGUAGAGU